CGGUCAGGGAGGCGCUCGGUUUCUGUCUCCCCGCAAACGGCUGCGUGUUUCUGCUGCGGCUCCUUCAUCACGCAGCUGCAGGACCAGAAACACCCGGAUUAUUAGUGAAAACGCCGCGGAGGGUCAGAGACGCGCGGUUAGUGGUGAAUAGUCGCGGUUUGGUGUGGCACUGCGGGGUUUAUUAUCCGUGCAGCAGGACAGCUGCCCUGUUAAUGGAGGACGAACGACAGCGCUCUGUCCAUACGGCAAUGAAGAGAGAGACUGACCCCGGUGCGUUGUGGUGAAAUCCUGAAACAUCUGGACGCAUACACACACACACACACACACACACACUUACUUCUUCUGCUCCAGCAUGAACACACUGUUAAGGAAACCAGACAGAAGAUUGGAGGCUCCUGGUGUGUGUGAUUGACAGAUCCCACAUCGAGAAGAUCAGAGCGUGUGUGUGAGUGAGUGAGAGAGAGAACGAGAGAGAGAGAGAAAUGGAUUGGAUGCGGGACUGGGUGCAGGCCGUGCGGGAGUGCGAGGGCGGGGCUUUGGGCACAGUGCUCUGUUUAGCUGUGCUGUUUAUAUGGUACUGUUACCGUGUGGGCUGUGAACAUGCCUCCUACACACCUGAGUCUCGCUCCAGCCCUCCUGAACUCUCAUCAGCAAAACUCCGCCCUACACUGGGUGGAGUCAGAACAGGGGGUGGGGCCAGUGAGGAGGAGCUGAACGGAUUUGCGUACUGUCAAUCACCCGAGUGUUUCCGGUGCUCACGGCCCGGCGAUGGAUUUAAUCAACGACUUUAUCACAAUCUACAGGACUACGCUAAACGCUACACAUGGGCAGGUAUGGGGCGUGUGUAUAAAGGUGUGCGUGAACAGGACCGGUAUCGUCUGUGUAAUCGUCCAUCCAUCCAGAAGGCGGAGGUGUUUUUCCUGCCCGAUCUUCCGUCGGCUCCGUUUUUCUCUCGUGAAGCUCAGAAGCAUGAUGUGGAGCUGCUGGAGAGAAGUUUCCCUGCACUGCUGGCUGAGUUUGAGAGCGUGUACCGCACGCCCCCGCCCCUCGCGCCCGGCUGGAAGGCUAACAGCACGCCACGGGGACACUGGUGGACCUUCUACCUGGUGAACCAGGGCACGACGCUGGCGCUGAACGCUCGCCGCUGCCCGCGUACGUGGAGGGUCCUGGGACAACUGCGCACCUUCAUCACCAACAACGUGUUCGGAAACGCCUGCUUCUCCGUCAUCAGCCCCGGAGCCACCAUCACUGAGCACUACGGACCCACCAACGUCCGCCUGCGCUGCCACCUGGGGCUGAAGGUGCCUCCUCACUGUGAAUUGGUGGUAGGCGGGGAGCCGCAGUGUUGGUCUGAGGGAAACUGUCUGCUGUUUGACGACUCGUUCCUCCACACAGCCUUCCAUGAUGGUGCUCCAGAAGACGGACCCCGUGUCGUGUUCAUGGUGGAUUUGUGGCAUCCAAACGUAGCAGCAGCUGAGAGACAGGCACUCGACUACAUCUUCACCCCGGGACGCUGAGAUGGAGCGAGAGAUGGAGAGAGCGAAAGCGAUGGAUGGAGAGAGAGAGAGAGAGAAGAGGGGUGGAAUGAGGGAUAGAUAAAGAUAAAUGAGUAAUAACAGUGAAGUGAAGCUGAUAACUUUCACAUUUUACUGUACAUAGGUGUUUCCUUAUGAAGCGUCACAGUUCAGUCUCUCCUGAAAUGAGAGAGAGAAAGACAGAGAGAGAGAGAGAGAGAGAGAUGGACAGAUUCAGCGAUAAACAGAAAGACAGAGAGAGAGAAAUGAGUAACAGAACAGUGAGACAGAAGUGAAGUGGAAAAAACCCAAAUUACACUUUUUAUGUAAAUAGAUUUUCACAAAUCAGUCUCUCUGUGGUAGAAAAGUAGAAAGAUGGAUGGAUUGAAGGAUGGAUAGAUUGAAGAGUGAACAACUUAAUGCACAUUUUUCUGCACAUGCAGAUUUCCUGAUGAAGCGUCACAGAGAGAGAAACGCCAGCAGAGGGACGAGUAACAGAGCAGUGAGGAGGACAAACCGCUCAUAUUUAUACAGAUUUAUGCAAGUCACUCUCUCAUCAGAGAGAGAGAGAGAGAGAGAGAGUAAAUGAUGAUGGAGAGAGAGAUGAGAAAGAGAACUGAGGGAAAUCGUUACAUGUGCACCUUUUUCUGUACAUAAGUGUUUUCUAGUUUUUCAGUAUUUGGUCAAAGAAAACAAAAUGAAAGGAAGGAAGGAAGAAAAAGAGAAGAGGCGCUGUAGUGUUAGUGAAAGCACAGUUUUUGUACACGAGUGUUUCCUGAUGCCUCGUGGUCCAGUCUGUUCAAAAAUGAUGGGAAAGAGAGAAGGAUAAAGUAGAGGAGUGCAUCAGGACACGAAUUAGCCAUUGAUCACACACUCAUUUACUUUAUUUAUUUCAUCUUCACGAAUUGUUUUAUCCUCAUCAGCGUCGCUUAUAUCCAUAUACACACAUUUUUAAAACUUAUUUUAUAAAAAAAAAGAUUUCUCAUCCGAAAAUCUCUCCAUCCACACGAACACACAAACCGUUUGGAAGCGUUCACAUGAUCACAUCAAAACCUCAAGAACAGCAUCAGGGAAGGAGAAAUGCAGAAAAAAAUCAACCUGAACACAUUUUUAAAUGCAAUGGCAAACGCGAAGAUUGAUACGAGUGACACUGGCAGUGAGGUGGAACUAAAGGUUCCUCUCGAAUACAGCGGCUUCUCCAGGAUCUUAUCCUAAAUCUGCGUGGAUUCACUCCAGUCUGACUCGGUCUCCUCCACACGACGUGGAAAUAAACUGCAAAGACGAUAGCAAAUACAUUUCAGAGCACAAAGAGACAUCCUGAUCACGAGUCAUGACACGUGCAACCAACACAAGAUGUAAAAACACUGAGAAUGUACAGAUUUCUCCAGCUUUUCAAAACACAGAAUGAAAAAACUACAUUUUCUAAAAUAUCUGUUCCGUGUGAACAGGGCGUAAAAAUGUCAGAGAAGGUGAUUAUAAAAAAAUAAUAAUAAUAACCAUGUGACAGCAAUUAAAAAACCACCCCCACGACACGCACAGCAGUUAAACUUUUAUACACAUGCAUGCUGAUGAAGCCUCAUGGUCUGGUGUCCUGAUAAAGAAGAAAGGAAGAUGUAGAAGAGUGAGGAAAAAGAGAGAAAUAGAUUGAGAUGCACUGCAUGUGAAGAGAGAGAGAGAUGAAUAACAGGCAGUAAAACAGCUAAAGUAAACAAUCAGACUGACAUUGGGAUAUUUUCUGUAUAUAAGCAGUGAAGACAUGAGCACACGACUGCAUCAUUACUGCUGAAAGACAGAGAGAGAGAGAGUGAGAGUGACGGGUCUGAGGUGAACAAUAUUUCUUGCACAUUUUCUGUACAUAAAUGUUUACAGAUCGGAUCCAGUCUAAGUGUUUAUUAAAUGUCCAGGCCAGGGUGUACAAACUUAUGAAAGUAUGAAUGUAUAGCACUUUUCAGGUCAAAAGCGUUCACGGUGCAUUUUUUUAACAUUCUGGCAUGGAUGGAAAAUGUACAUAUCUAAAAAUAUAAAUAUAUUCUGUAUUUUCUCUCCAUGUCAGAAGGACAGUAAACAACGUCGCACUGACGCUAACGACAUCUUUACGACCUGUUUAUGUAGUGUUUAUACACACGCUGGUGUGACGUAAAGACUGUGCUAUAAUGCUGUUUAACACACUCACUCCUCGUCCACUUCCCUUUGGCUCCAUCCCAAAUUGUGCACUUUAUCCUUAUACACUUGAUUAUUUACCUGAACAGAACUAAGAAUUGUUCAUAAUUAGCACACAAGCUAGUCAGUAUGCUAGUUGUUUAGCUAGCCACUCAAUAAACCAAUGUAACUAUGUAUAAAUAUCACACAAAUAUCCUUGGUCACUUUAAAACGUUUCUAAUUAAGGUUGUACAAUUUAGCAAACUGUAGUUAGUUGCCAUGCUAGCAACUUAGCGAGGUUUUUCUGAGGAAAUCAAUUCAGCUACAUUUCCUGGCAUGUAAUAAACUUGUAUGUCUUUGGGUUUUUAAGUCAGUAGGGCAAGUGGACAAACAGUAUUGAAACACAGGAGCAGAUAGCGUAAAAAUAAAUCAGUUGGAUGAGGUAAAGCACUAGCAGCAGCACCAAAGCCUGCUAACUUUCUCUUUAAUAUUCCGAUCAAUUUUUGCGCCACUUUGAAGCGCUUUGUAUUUCUAGUUGUGUUCAAGGCGAACUCGUGAACCGGUGUUUUCAGUGGGAUGAUGCUUAAAAGAAACAGUAUGUUACAGACACAGUGUAUGAGCUAGCUAAUGGCUAAGGCUAGUGAUUUAGCUAGCUAAAAAGUACACAGUGACAGUUGGAACAUCAACGUUUACCUCAGAUGUGUGGGUAAAUUGUUGAAAAAACACUCCAGAUGGCUAAAAUCACUCUGUAGUUACACUGAGCAUCAGCCGCCAAGAGGAAUAAUGUGAUCUGGCUUAUUUAAAGAAAAACGAAUGCAACCAACAGCUGCUUGCUCUGAACUUUUGUGUCCUACACCAUGAGAACCUUCUCGUGAACACAAUGACACACGACUGUGUUUGAACGCAGUGUCUUGUACAGAAGCACACUUUGAAGUUUACAGUAUCGAUAUAAACAAACGCAGCACUUUCAGCUCAUUCAGACGCUUCAGUGGUCGACCGCUUCGUUCGUUCUGUGCUACUCGUACAUUCCUUUUGUAAGGACCCGAACUGAUCGGGACACGCCGUAUCGUAAUCGGUGGCUUUUUUUCUAGCGUCGUGUGACUUUUGCAGCCGAGCGUGUGACGGGUUUUAUGCUGAAGUUCUGACUUUCUGUGUUUCCUAGAUGUGAUUUUUGCUACAGCUGAGAGAUGAUGAUGUGUGUUUAAUAAAGAGCUGAUUGUACAA